AUGGAGGUAACACGGUGGGACACGACACUCCCAAUGACGCACGAGCCUGCCCCCGCUCCGACGGCCCCCGUGGCGGCCGUCUCGGCGCUUUUCGAGGAGAGCAGACUGCGCGGUCAGCACGCGGCGGCCACGGCGGCCAUGAAUCAACACUACACCACGCUGUACAAUAGCCUCCUCACGCUCUCCCGUAGACUGGGGGCCGGCCUUGAUCCGCUUUUGGACGGCGAAGCGGCGGGGAACGGCGCGGGGCCGUCACUGCACGGCUGGGGAAUCGGCACCAUUUGUUCCCACGACUGCGGCACUCUCUUUCGUGUCCGUUGCGAGGAGGAGUGUCGCCAACUUGAGGCCCAGUUGUCAUUCCUUCGCGCCGCCCUGGCCGAGAAGCAGCUGGAGUGCGAGAAGCUGCGCGCACAGGGGCGCGCCUCCCGCCUGGAGGUGGAAAAUGUGCUGCCAUUGACGCUGGCCAUCAAUCGAAAGCUGCGGCUCUCCACCCCUUCUGACGGCGAGGCAUUGUUUUUCUCCAUGCGCUCAGCUGCUGCCCCAACGGCGCCGGCCCCAGGGAUCCCGGCAGCCGCGGCGUCAAAGACGUCGUCACUUUUGACGAUGGCUGAAGCGAUAGCGGCGCUGGAGGAUCUCAUACGUCUACAGGAGCAGGAUAUAUUGCGGAAUGACAAGAGCAUUUCUUCCCAGGAGAAGCGGCACUUUGUUCUGCAGACGCUGAGAGAGGAUUUGCAAGACGCCCGGCAACUGCUCUGGCAAGAGGUGGAAUCCCUUAACGCUGCACAAGCGGAUGCUUUGGAGGCAGAGGAAGAAAAGUCGCGUCUCCUUCUUGAGUCUGAGACGAUGACGUGGGUGAAGAAGUUUGAAGAUGCUCUGCUUGGGGACAUCGCUAAGCAAAGUGCUGUGCUCACCCAGCGCGCGGCAAAGGCGCGACGGAUGCACCAGGCCCUGCAGCGCGUACUUGCCGAGAAGGCCCCAGGCACGGAGUUGACGGACCAUGGGACCAAUGUGGACAAGGGUGCUGCGAAUGAAGAGGAGGAAGGAAGCAAUUUGGAAACCUUGGAAUUCUCUGUUCAGCAACUGCGAACUGUUCAAGAGUUAUUGGCAAGGUUAAAUACUUGUGUGGUUAGCCCCUUUGACGACGUGGAGGAGAUUGAAAACGUUGUGAAAGGAAUAAAGAGUCAGUCGCAGUCAUCAUCGAGGUCUACUGGCACUCAUUUGGAGGCUUACAACUGGCGCAGCUGCCUCCUUCAGGAGGCUUUCACGGACGCAGCACGUGAACUUUACCCUUGGCAGGCGCGUGAAGAAUUGAAUGUCACUGCAGCGGCCAAAUUGCUAAAAAAGCUGAGACGCCUCUGUAUUGUAAACAACAUAUUCUCUCAUCAUCCUGAGGCACUUGUGGGAGCUGUUAUGGGUUCCACUACAUCAUGGCGCGAGGUGCACCAUAUGCUGCCCGCCGCGCAGCUGGCCUUGACCCUCCUGCGCAAGAGGCAUUAA